AUGCCCAUCACAGUGAAGUCGCUCCAGGGCAAAGUCGCCAUAGUCAGUGGCUCCUCCUCCGGCAUCGGAGCAGCCAUUGUGCGUGAGCUCUCCUCUAGAGGCGCCAACACGGUCGUCAACUAUCCCUUCUCAAAUCUUCAUGAUGAAGCAGCCACACUGGUCUCCUCUCUCCCUUCGCCUGCAAUUGCUGUAGAGGCCGAUAUGUCGCGCGUCGAUGCCCCUCAGAAGCUAGUCGAUGCAGCAGUCACUCAAUGGGGCCGAAUCGAUAUCGUGGUGAACAGCGUUGCACUGGCCGUGAACAAGCCGUUUGAAGAGCAAAGCCUGGAUGAUUGGGACUUGCUCAUUAACGUCAAUGGACGCGGAACGUUUCUAUUGACGCAAGCGAGCCUGAAACAUUUGACCAGGGGGACGGGGCGGAUUGUGAAUAUCGCAAGCAUCUCGGCUCGCGGGCCUCCGCCGAAUCAGACAAUCUACGCGGGCACCAAGGGGAUGGUGGACUCGUUCACUAAAUGCUGGGCCAAAGAGCUUCCUCCCAAGUAUGGAUGUACCGUCAACGCAGUCAGCCCCGGUCCUACAGCAACCGAGGGCUUCGCAGCAGCAAGCGAAGAGCAGAUGAAGAUCCUCCAGCCGAUCAUCGAUCAGACGCCGGUGGCGCCACGAAUGGCGCAGCCCGACGAGAUUGCGUACGCGGUAGCUUUCCUGUAUAUCAACCCAGUUAUAACAAACUAG